AUGGAGAUUGAGAAAAAGAAGAUUGAAUUAGAAAAGGCAAUGUUGGAUGGUAAAAGCCAUGUGAUAUAUGCAGAGGAAGAAGCUGCAGGAACUCGUCUUCUCAUUGAUGGAAGAACUUGUUUGCUACUUAAUGCCCACGAUCCUUCGAAGUUGAUGGCUGAGACACCGUGCAAGUUGCUGAGGUAUUUGGUUUCAGACAACAACAAUAUUGAUGCUGAUGCUGAAGUUGAGGCUGGUGAACUUAUAGCCAAGCUUGAUCUUAAUGAUCCUUCUGCUGUAAGAAAGGUCGAACCCUUUCAUGGAGGUUUCCCACGAUUAGGGCUUCCAACCGCAAUUUCCGGUAAAGUUCAUCAGAGAUGUGCUGCAACUUUAAAUGUUGCUCGCAUGAUUCUUGCCGACUAUGAGGACAAAGUAGAUGAGGUUGUUCAAGACUUGCUUAAUUGCCUGGAUAGCCCUGAACUGCCAUUUCUUCAGUGGCAAGAGUGCUUUGCAGUUCUGGCGACACGACUACCUAAAAAUCUCAGGAACAUGUAUAGGGAAUUUGAGAAUAUCUCCAGAAACUCUCUAACCACUGAUUUCCCUGCCAAACUCUUAAAAGGCAUUCUUGAUCAGGCACAUGUCUCUUCUUGUGAUGAGAAAGAGAGAGGUGCCUUGGCAAGGCUCAUUGAACCGUUGAUGAGCCUUGCAAAAUCUUAUGAAGGUGGUAGAGAAAGUCAUGCGCGUGUUAUUGUUCAUUCCCUCUUUGAAGAAUAUCUAUCAGUAGAAGAAUUAUUCAAUGAUAAUAUGCUGGCUGAUGUUAUAGAACGCAUGCGCCAACAAUACAAGAAAGAUCUGUUGAAGAUUGUGGAUAUAGUGCUCUCACACCAGGUCUGUGAUCAUCUUUCUUAG